UAAUUUCCCUUGCCGACCGCAUGAGGCUGUGCACAAGCAGCAGCUACACUACGUGCUUGUCCUAUAUAUAGCUUUUCUGAACCAGAUCCCAAUUUAUUUUUGCAGUUUCAUCUCCUCUUACAGCCCUUGUGCUGUUAAACCUAAGCAGGGCUGCACCCUCGCCCUCUGCUCUUACAGGGUGGCAGAGCCAGCUGCUGGAUAUUCCUACAGAAGGAUUUAUUGGCAUUGCAGAAUAGGAGGGAAAUAAAACAAAAAAAGACAGCGACAUCUGGAUCAGACAUCUGGACAUUGGCUGCCCAUUCUUUUGGGUGAAGGCCCACCCAUGAGCCCAGACUUCCAGCACUACAGCUUCAGGAUGCCAAACAUUGGGUUCCAGAACCUGCCCCUUAAUAUCUACAUUGUGGUGUUUGGCACUGCAAUAUUUGUCUUCAUCCUCAGCCUGCUCUUCUGUUGCUACCUAAUUAGGUUAAGACACCAGGCUAGGAAAGAGCUAUACGUUUACAAACAGGUUAUAUUGAAAGAAAAGGUGAAAGAACUUAAUCUUUAUGAGAUUUGUGCUGUAUGCUUGGAGGAAUUUAAACCCAAAGAUGAACUGGGAAUUUGUCCAUGCAAACAUGCCUUUCAUAGAAAGUGCCUCAUUAAAUGGCUGGAGGUAAGGAAGGUCUGCCCUCUGUGUAAUAUGCCUGUUCUGCAGCUGGCUCAACUACAUGGAAGUCAAGAACAUGGACCUCCUCAAGGACCUCUUCCAGGAGCAGAGAACAUUGUAUAGCUCACAGCCAGUUCAGACUGGAUCACCCACGCAAAGAGCCACAGAUCUUAUGUCCACAGAUGACCACCUUAGGCACCUCCUGGAAUUCUCUGAUGCUUAUGGAACUCAGCAGGGCUCCUGGGCAUGGAUAUGUGGACUCUAAAGCAACCAAAGCACUUUUGUUGCCAACGCAAGCUGAAGAAAAGAGACAAUAUUCAAGGAAAGAUGGCAGGAGUGUUUGGCCUUGGAAGAGCACUUUAGAAGAAAUGAUUGAAACUGUUGCACCUGUUAUUAUUUUUGUUUUGACUGAUGCUUCACCAUGCCAGUUCGAAAACUGGUCAUGUCUUAAAUGGAGAAGAGGAUUCAUAUGUAUUAAGAAUAAUAUGAGACCAGUGGUAGACAUUACACUAUGCAAACAGUGCACAUCUCCUAAUGUUACAUUACUUGUUUAUCUGUACAACCACCCACUGGAAACUGGAAAUUCAGUGUGUUUGCCGCAACCUCAAAUUCUUUUUGUCAUCAUAAUUAUCCACCACCGAUUAAAAUGUAGGUGUACAAUGCAGGAACAAGUGUUAAGGGAUGCCAGCAUCCUCCUAUAAUACCUCUGAGCCUAGUAAAAUAAAAACUGGGGUCAUCUGCCAGUAAUAUAUUUUUUGCAUAAUCCUGCACUGAAUUAGUUAAUACAAUUAACCAUUAAUUAGACGAGCUUGCUCUCAGACGUCCCACUGAAGUACCUGAUGAAAAUAAAAAGGGAAAAUACAAGUAAUUAUAAAAGUACUAUGAAUACUCGGUACGGUGUUCCAAGAGCUGGGUGUGGUAUCUGAGCCAGAUUAAUGUCUAAUAUUGUGCCGUCCUUGUUCUGUAUUCAGUACGUACAUCUCAGGCUGCCAAAGACUUCCUAAGCAUUUGGCAGAUUUAUUUUGGAUGUUAAAAAUGCAUUAAGGCUUAGCACUGUUUAGUGAAUCUGGGUCACUGGACACUAUUAUCUUUAUAGGUACAGUCUUCCCUGGCAUUACAACGCAAUAACAAUCAUACUGUACAGUACUGAGAAGCAUAUGUCAGUUUAGGGAUUCCAGUUUGAUUACAGGAAAAGGUUAAAGGGCAGAGGUUCCAGUGAAAAGUGAAGAUAAAGCCUUGGUCGACUGUAUCUUUAAUUGUAAUAACCUAUAUUGUAUUUCAGAGCUCUGGUGACUUACUGAGUCCCUUUUGCCACCUGGUACCUAAAAGUAUUUAGCUACAGAGCACAAUUAUUUUAUAUGUUCAAUUUAAAUAAUAACAGAAAGCACUUAAGCAUUAUUCUUCUUUUGAACUUUUGAUAAAUUCUAUUUCUUGCUGACACCCCCCCCCCCCCCCCCAAUCUGCUCAAAACCGGAUUACCUGUAAGUGUAUCUGCUGUGCACACAAGGGUAGGUAUUCCUCAGGCAACCAUGAAGGAUAUUUAUACAGCAGAGAAGCAGAGAUUCAUUUACUUUUAUCCUAAAAAAAAUAGUGCAUAUCCCUUUUUAUAUUGUGAUUGUCUUGAGUCAUCAGCGAUAUAUUAGUUUGACUUUUGACACUGAUGCCUUUUUGUUAGCAAAAUUUGAAUUGAGUUGCAGUCUAGGGACAAACCCCUAAAAAGACUUCAGAUGUACCCUUAUAAUAUUUCCUUUGCUGAUCACACAAUUGCUGUGUGUAGUAUGUUGCAGUGAUCUGUGUUCUGCAGGAUGGUGAAUUGCAGAAAAAGCAAGCAAAAGUAAUACAAUAUGUUGCAAAAUUAUUUUACUAAACAUUAUAAAAUAUUUACAGGGAAUUCAAUUUUGUGUUAAAAAAUCCUUUAAAAUAUAACCAGUACAGUAUAUAUUAUUUGCUAUUAUACUGUUGCACCCAUUCACAUCUGAUAUGAUAACACAUUCUUAGUUAAAAAAUAAAUAAAAAUAAAAUGGGGCCAUAUUGUUAGGAAUAAAAAUACUCAGACAUACAAUAAAGGUGCAGACCAAUGGUAAAGGAUCAGUUUAUUUAAAUUUAACAAGAAUUUGACUUUUUUUUUGAGAAAGUGAGAUUUGGAGUAUUGAAUUUUAUGUUUACAUUUUUUUGUUGUUGUAAAUCGAUUUCCUUUAAGAGACAAUUAUAUAUAAAAUGUAUAAUACCCCAUGCCAAGUUUGAUGAAUUUUUAUCUCUUGAAAUUAGUGUUCUAUAGUGGAUGUACCAAUUUGAGAAUUGACUAUAUUGUCGAUAUAUUAUGGAUCAAGUUGUUCUUGACGAGUGUUUUUUAAAUGUGCCUGAUGUUAGUGUAGUUAAUAGUGGCAUCCUCAUGAAAGCACUACAGUCAGUAGGACAAAAUAAAUACUGCAAGAUGCUGUAGAUGUCACAGUUGCAAUGCCUCAGAUCAGAAUGUUGAAAUGUUAAGGUUAACCUCGUAUUUCAGCCAAUGAGUUACCUACUUUAUAGCUACUUAUUUAAUCUAAUAGUGCAGUAUUUUUUAUUCCAACAUUAAAAUAGUGACAUUUGUAUACCUGCGGUCAUUUUGUUGUGACUUUUUUCUCCCCCAUCUCAUAUUUCAGUAGUAGAACCAGUGGCAGAUCUAGAAUGUAAAAUUUGGGGAAGGGGGGCUAACAGGUGUUGAAAAAGUAGACACAGAACAAAUAUAUGGCGCCACUUGACCGAGCAUGCGCUGCCCUUCACAGUGUUACGGGGGUGCUGCACAUGCGUUUGGAGGUGCUGCACCCCCAUAGAAACGUCACUGAGUAGAUCUGUUCCUCCCUUUAACUGGGUUCAUUUGUGAAUUAGGUAUUGCAGGCCUCAAUAGCAGCCAGUGGGUUAAAUUUACUUUUAGAACUUGCUGAUGCACCUAGGCAUCUGCAUUGUUAAAGCAGCCUGUGUACUUUAAAAUGUAUUUAAAGUGAUAAAGCACAAUAACAUCCUCCAAAUAAUAUGUGAAUAGGCAGAAGGAUUAAUUCAUUUAUUCAUCUUCAGUAAUAAAUUAGUGCAUAAACACGGUAACAGUUUCUUGCUACACUGCAGCGCUCUGUGUUCCUAAGGGCUAUCAGAUCUAUACCUUUCAUGCUGCUACAGUAAUAGAUAAACUGUUUGAUAUAUGAGCUUAUAAUACAGAACUAUUAUUUUACAGUAAAUAUGACAUCCCCUACUGCAGUUCUAACAAACAGCCACAUAACAGAAUUACACAUUAAGUAUAUAGCACUGUGAGCUUAAAAAUAUGCUCGAGAGUGAUUUAAAGGGACAAAAAAAUGUACUAUAAAUGUAUUCAGUAAUGAAAAUAAAACAACCUUGUAAUAUA